AUGAAACGUCUAAAGAGCAUUGCCCGCAUUGUCUUCGACCUGCUGAUCUUUGUCGGUGUCUGCCUAUGCGAGCUGGGAUUACGCAAAUGGCUAAAACCGCAUAAACGCGGUUUCUUCUGUAACGAUGAAUCACUGCAGUAUCCCUAUCGUGAAAGUACGAUUACGGUGCCCAUGAUGGUGGGCAUCGUGUUGGCUGUACCCUGUUCCAUAAUUAUGGUAAUAGAAUUGUUUAAACAACUUUCUCCAUUGCCAUCUUCGGGUAGCUGUGAAAAACGUAAAUCUCCACAAUCCACGUCGAAGCAGAAUGGUGGCGGCUGUCGCAUUACCGAACGUUUAAUGCAUUGUUAUGCCCAAAUAGGUUAUUACCUAUUCGGGUUGGCUUUAACCCUCGUGGCAACACAUAUCACCAAAAAGACAGUGGGCCGAUUGAGGCCUCACUUUACGGCCGUUUGCCAGCCACAAAUGCCGGAUGGUUCUACCUGCAAGGAUUCCUUUAACUAUGGACGUUACAUCGAUGAUUAUGUGUGCGUGGGUCAAAACUAUACCGAAUCGAUUUUAAACCAAGUCGGCCAAUCCUUUCCCAGUGCCCACUCCAGUGUAUUUUUCUAUUCCAUGCUCUAUUUGGCCUUCUAUCUCCAGGCUGCUCUCAGUACCCGGGCCUCCAGGCUCAUGAAACAUUUGCUACAAUUCACCUUUAUCAUGUUUGCCUGGUAUGUGGCCUUGUCCCGCAUCUCCGAUUAUUGGCAUCAUUGGUCUGAUGUUUUGGGUGGCAUUAUAUUGGGCUCCGUGAUUGCCUUCAUCAUUAGCCACUAUGUGGCCCACAUUUUUGUACGCCGUCCCAUGCGUCUCAAUGGGAAUGUAGGACCCAAGCCUCCAGCCAAACCUGCUGCCUCGCCCGCCAACUCAUCGGGGAAAGGUAACUCCAACUCGCCACCAGUCUUGCCAGCCUAUACAUUUGGUACACUGCCUUAUUUACCACAUCCUCAUGCCACAGCUGCAGCAGUGGCGGCGGCAGCCGCACAUCAGCAGCAGCAACAGGCCCAAUAUGCCCAGACCUAUCACAAUUAUGGUUAUGUACCAUAA